AGUUCGCACAUUAAAUUAUUUAAAAUAUAUAAAGAAAUAUGUAAAAAUUAUAGGAUGCAUGUACAUAUGCGUAUUUAAGUUUUAAGCAAACAUCUGCCUGCCUAGUUCGUUGAAGCGAGCUUUUACUGUAUUAUUUUAAAUAAAAAACUUAGAACUAAGUUAUAAAUAGAAACUAUUCAAAUGAACAAUAAAAAUUAAAUUGACCAUAAAAUUGUUAUCAAUGCUGUCAGAGAGUUGGAUGUAUAAAUAUAAUGCAUAUAUAUAAGUAUAUGUCUCUGUGGAUUGCUGCAGUAAGCCAUGUGGUUGCUGCUGUUAAGUAUUUCGCCUUUGCUUGCUCUGCGCUGCCCCAACUCAAAUCCUGCUCCUUUGCAGUUCCAUCUGGUGCGGCAAUGCCAACGCGCUGCUACGACGGACGCACUUGCUCUUGAGAGCACAGGAACUCUGGAGGAAUGCAUGGCACUUGCACGUGAGCUGCGUGGCUUGGCCUUGAACUUUGCACCAGGUGGACCUGGGCGACGCAAAAAUUACUUUGAGACACAGCCUAGGGAUUUGGCAAGCCUCAGGCGACAAAAGGAUGCGCGGAAUCAUUUGAGUGUUUUCGAGCAGCCCGCAGAGUAUUUCAACUGUCAUGUUCUGGCGUGUCCGCAAAAUACGAGCUUUGCGGGCAUGACCAACGAUAGUCGUUUCGACUACUACAGUUUAUACGGCAGGCCCACAGCGCUGCACAACAUUAGCUGCGUUGAACAAGUGGGUCUGUUUGUCUUCUAUACCCAACCAGCGAGCUAUUUGAAUGCCUCCACCAGUUGCAGCAAUGCCAGUGAGUUUAGUGGAAGCCUAGCCCAUGUGGCCUCCGAGGCGCGCACUUAUGCGCUAUCGCAGUGGCUGGAAAAUUAUAAUAGACAGCGCGUGGGUGAAAAACCAGAGCCGGGCAUCUUUCUGGCUUAUGUGGGCUUGCAAUUUAAUAUCAGCAAAUCCCUGCAGCCUCUCGACUAUCGCAAUGCGCAGCAAGAGAGCCUGCUGUGCUUUCUAUAUCGCGCCUGGCAUGUGGGUCAUCCGCGUAUAGGCGGCAAUCAAGCCAAUGCUAGCUGCGUGGCUCUGACACCGAAUGGCACUUGGCAAACGUUGAGCUGUGAACGUGAACUGCCCUUCAUCUGCGAGAUUUUUACGCCGCCAAAAGACAAUACAACCAGGCAGUUGGACACAGGAGCAAAUGCAGCGGAUGGGUGUUACUAA